UUCUCCAUAUAUGUGGCCAGUUAGAUAUUCUAAAGAAUCGUUUAACAAAUUUAAACAAACAUAUGAAUUCUCACGAAAUACUAAAGAGUUGUAUUACAAGACACAUGCAGUUGCUUAGAGCCAUUGAUAUUAUUGAAGAUACGUAUAAUGUAAUACUUCUCUUUUUAUUCAUAUAUUUUGCAAUGCUCUUCGCUUUUUAUGGUUUCCGGAUAAUUUCUCUAUUUAACGAAGGAAAUAAUAUAUCAUUCCCUCAAUUGAUGUUUUUUGCAUCUACUAUAAUUAAUUUAUUUGCACAUAUGUGCCUAUAUUGUGCUCUUGGAGAGAUUUUGGUUGCCCAGUGCAAUAGAAUAUAUUAUGCAGCGUAUAGCAAUAAUUGGUACACCAUGAAUGCGAAAGUAACUCAAAAUUUGUUACUUUUAAUGAUAAGAGGCUCUAAACCGGUCUACCUUACUGCUGGAAAAAUAUUCCCUAUAACGAUGGCAACAUUUUGUAAUGUAAGUGUUGUUGUAAUGUUUGACUAA